AUGGACAUGGAACAUGUGGUUACAUUUAGUAAUGAAGUAAUUAUGCUUAAAUUUCUUUUAAAGAUGGCUUCUAUAACGAGAGCUGCAUUAAAGGCUCUUAGAUUUUACAAACAUAUUGUUCAAUGUGUGGAGAAAUUUAUUUUAAGGAGUUCUCCUCAGUUGAAAAUUCCUGGACUGUACGUCAUCGAUGCAAUCGUACGUCAGUCGAAGUACUGCUACCAAGAAAGGGAUGUUUAUGGCCCGAGGUUCAUGAGGAACUUGGUUACUCUAUUUUUGUCUAUCCUUCAAUGUGAUGAAAAAGACAAGAGCAUGAUAUCACGGGUCUUGUUUUUAUGGCAACGCGGAAAUGUUUUCCCCGAAGAUGUUAUUCAAGCAUUACAGAAUGUUGUGACUGAUCCCGAAAAUACCGAUGUUAUACAGAAAGGUAAUAAGUUGUCUCCAAUUCAGUAUCGCGACCCACACCAGCGGAGAUGCAGCUAUAUCAGUUACAGGUCAGUUUGA